AUGGCUGCCAAGAACGACAAGCCUUCUGUUCUCACUCCACGAGAGACUGAGAUUCUGGUUGCUGCAUUUGUUUCCCAGGAGGAGCACAAGAUGGACUUUGAGAAGUUCAUCAAGUACAGCGGUUUCGCCAACGCCAACAGUGCCCGAUCCAACUGGAACCCUCUCAAGAAGCGCAUCCUCGAGAUGGCUGGCGAGGAUGGCCUCGACAUUCCCGUUCAGAGUGCCCGCAAGCGCAAGACAAAGGCUGAUGAGGCCCCUGCUGCAACCUCCAAGAAGCCUCGUGCCACUAAGAAGGCCCAGGAUGCUGAGGAGGACUCUGCCCUGAAGGGAUCCGGCAAUGAGGACGAGGAAGAGGCCGUCAUUGCCUCUCCAGUCCCCGCUAAGAAGCGCCGUGCUCCCAAGAAGGCUCAGAACGAUCAGGCCAAAGCUCCUACUGCGGCCAAGAAGCGCGCCGCCCCGAAGAAGGCCAAGGCCGUCGAGGAGGAAGUCGACCAAGAGGGAGAGGGAGAUGGUGAGGAGGAUGAGGCUGCCGAGUCCUUCUAA